AUGGAGGAAGGUGGAUUGGGUAUUCGCCCAAUUAAACAAGUUAUGAGAUGCCUGCAUGGAAAACUUUUAUGGCAAGUGAUGAAAGGAGACUCAUUGUGGGCUCGUUUUGCCAAAGCCAAAUACUGCGAUAAGAGGAUUAAUAUUAAUAGGCGGACGGCGUCUCCCCUUUGGAACGCAAUUCACAGCCAUGUUGAUACUAUGGAGGAAUGCACUCAAUGGAUCGUGGGUCGAGGAGCGGUCAAAUUUUGGUCUGAGAAUUGGCUUGGUGAACAACUUACUGGACCAUUGCCAUGUGAUGCUCGUCUCACGGUAGUUGAAGCUCUCACACAUAUCGAGGAUUACUUACCAAUAAUCCCCAUCCAUUGGCAUGACAAGAUUCGCCAGAUUAUUUUAGACCUUAAUAGUCCUGAUCGAUUGAUUUUUACUCUCACUCAAAAUGGUGAAUUCUCAAGCAAGGCAUACUGCAAUCAUAUUAGGGUUAUAGGUCGUCAACAUCAAUGGGCUGAUCGUAUUUGGAGCAAGUUCAUAACACCUAAAACUAGUGGCUUUAUGUGGAAACUGAUGCAUCACGCGUUGCCGGUGGAUCAACGUAUAAUAUCGAGGGGAAUCCCUAUCGUCUCUAGAUGUGUUUGCUGCCAAACUCCCAAACAAGAAGACAUAAAUCACCUGUUCUUCAAUUCCGAGGUGGCUAGCCAGGUGUGGCAGUGA